CAGCGCUCGCUUUGCAUAGCCUCCUGCCUCAGGAUUGCAAGAGAUUAAACAGACUUUUAAUGCAUUGACACGGGGCGAAGGGCGAAUGAAUAACGCCGUGCGGGCAGACAGGAGAGGAAACCCAGCUGGAAGCCUGCUGAAAGCCUUCCAGGGAGGUCUGCAGUUUUCCUGCCGAGACCGAAGCGCCGCAGCGACCUCCUCCCGCCCGUACCAUUUCCGGGACACGGCGGGCUCUGGUUUUCCAUGCCCGGAGCCAGCUCUGCCUCCGGAACAGCACCAGGUCCCCAGCCUCCAUCCCGGGGCUGCAGCCUCCCCGGAGGCUGGCAGCAGGGAGCUCGGUCCCGGUGAGGCCAGCCUGGCGCAUCGCACGGAGGCUGCAGCAGGUGAUUUUCCAUAUCCUGUGAUGGCAGGAGAAGGGAGUGCGUUCACCGUCCUCUUAGGUGCACUGGAAGGUCUCACACUUGAAGGCUUCCAGGAGUUCAAGACAAAGCUGUCUCAUGUUCAUACCGAAGGAGGCUGGAACAUCCCUGAGGAUGUGCUGGUGGAGGCCACGCACCCUUCCACACUUGUCAACUGCAUGGGCAAGAGCUACGGGGAAGAUGCUGCCAUGGACAUCGCCAUUGGGUUGUUUGAGGAGAUGAACCAGAGAGACCUUGCUGAAAAAAUCCUGGAUGAGAAGGUGAAAGAGUACAAGCAGAAGUACAGAGAGCACGUGGCCAGAGAGUUCCUGGGGGAGAACCUGUCCGUGAGCAGCCUCUACACUGCCCUGACCAUCACCAAGAAGCCUUGGAGCCAGUGUGGAGGCGAGCCUGAAGGUGCAGAUGUCAGCUGGGGAUGUGCCAACACCACCAGCGCUGUCACUGCGCAGACACUGUUUAAGCCUGAUGAAGAUGGGCAAACACCACAGACUGUGGUGCUGGUGGGUGCCCCAGGCAUGGGGAAGACGAUGAUGGUCAGGAAGAUGAUGGUGGAGUGGGUGGAAGGGGCCCUCUACACGCAGUUUGACUAUGUCUUCUGCAUAGACUGCAAGGAGCUUUCCCUUUCCAAGCAAGUGAGUGUGUUGGACUUGGUUUCAAAAUGCUGCCCUCACCAGCGAAUACCAGCUGGAAGUAUCCUGGAAAACCAGGAGAAGGUCUUGUUCAUCUUUGAUGGCUUCGAGGUCCUGGGGUUCCCUUUGGCUCAGCCCAAAGACGAGCUGAGCUCUGACCCCAGGGAAGCAAAGCCACUGGAAACAACGCUGAUGAGCUUGCUCAAGAGGACUGUUCUCCCUGCAUCCUCUCUGCUCAUCACCACGAGGCCAAUGGCUCUUCAAAACCUGGGGCGGUGCCUGGAGGGUGAGUGUUACGUGGAAAUCUUGGGCUUCUCGGCAGCUGCAAGGGAGCAGUAUUUCCACAGGUAUUUCAAGAAUGGCAAUAAAGCAGAUGUGGCCUUCAGGUUCACCAGGGGAAAUGAGACCCUCUAUAGCUUGUGCAUCAUCCCCAUCAUGAGCUGGACCAUCUGCACCAUCCUUGAGCAAGAGCUUUACAAGAAGAACAACCUUCUUGAGUGCUCCAAGGCCACCACAUGGAUGGGCAUGUUCUACCUCUCCUGGUUAAUGAAGUGCAGAGGCAGCGAUGCCCAGCCGGACCUGCAGCAGUUCCUGCGCAAGCUUUGCUCCUUGGCCGCUGAUGGCAUCUGGAAACACAAGGUCCUCUUUGAGGAAAAAGAAAUCAAGGACUGUGGCUUGGACUGGCCAGACCUUCUCUCCCUCUUCCUCACUGAGAAAAGCCUGAAGAAAAGCGUAGACCAAGGCAAUGUCUACAGCUUCACUCACCUGCACCUCCAGGAGUUUUUUGCGGCUAUGUUUUAUGUCCUGGAUGAUGAUGAGGAAACUGUCAGUGACCCAGAGGCCCUUGCAAAGAACAUAAAUACAUUGUUAGAAAGCUACUGCAAAUCUAGGAAGGAUUUGAACUUAACAAUUCGGUUCCUGUUUGGUCUGGUAAACCCCAAAUCAAUAGAGUAUGCAGGUGAAAGAAUUGGGUGCAGAAUUUCACCACGAGCUCAGGAAGAUCUUCUGAGGUGGCUUCAGACAAGACACAGAGGCCUUUCCCAUCCCAGUGAAGUGAUGAUGAUUAAGGAAUUGGACACUUUCCACUUUUUGUUCGAGAUGAAUGAAAAAAGCUUUGUGCAGAAUGUGUUGGGAUGUUUCACAGGAAUAGAUUUGCACAACAUCAAGCUGACGCCAUACGACCAGAUGGCUCUUUGUUUCUGCAUUAAGCAGUGGGAUAGACUGGACAGCGUCACCCUCCGGAGCUGCUCCUUCCACCAGCAGCAGCGCAGGGAGGAGCCAGCCACAGUCUUGUCUUGGCAGCACCCACGGCAGGAGGAGUUGCACUCUCCUCUGCACCCACUCUGCCAGGCGCUGGGGCAUGCGGGCAGCUCGCUGCAGAACCUCAGGCUGCAGUGGUGUGGAUUGACAGAGGGUGGUUGUGAGGCCCUGGGGACGCUGCUGGCCACACACCCCAGCCUGGCCUGCCUGGAGUUGGGCGAUGGAGCAUUGGGCGACAGCGGCGUGAGGCUGCUCUGUGCCGGGCUGCGGCAGCCUGGCUGCCACCUGCGCAUCCUACGGCUGCGGUACACCCGCCUGACCAGCGCCUGCUGCCAGGACCUCGCUGCAGUGCUGGGCACCAGCCCACACCUGGAGGAGCUGGAUCUGUCCUUCAACACGGGACUGCGGGAUGCCGGCGUGCAGCUGCUGUGCGAGGGGCUCCAGCAUCACACCUGCCAGUUGCGGGUCCUGCGGCUGGGGAGCUGCCACCUGACGGGCACCUGCUGCCAGGCCCUGGCCACGCACCUAGGGGAGAGCUGCAGCCUGAGCUGCCUGGACCUGAGCGACACCGAGCUGGGAGCCGGGGCAGUGCUGCUGCUGCGGCAGCUCGGGCAUCCUGCCUGCCCGCUGCAGGCACUGGGGCUGAGUGUGUCGGCGCUGAAUGAGGACGCCCUGCAGGAGCUGGUUGCACUGCGAGCACUGAAACCCAGCCUGAAGAUCGGAGACCUCUUGGAGCAUGACACCCCACAGGAGGGAGCUAUGUCCCGACUACCCUUCCAGCGGGGGGUCUGGGAAGGCAAGGGGAGGCUGGGGGGGCGGAAGGCACUCCUCUCCCCUCGGUGGACUCCUCCCAGUAGCAGAAACCAGUGCUGACUCAGUUACGUAUUCUGGAAUGGGGUAACAUCCCUGGAACGUGCCAUGACCUUCCCUCAGCCUGUUCUCCUGGCAGGGACAGCGUGCAGCUCUGGGGCCAAAGGAAGGCCCUGGGACCAGGCCCUGGGCUCUUCCCCGUCCUUCCCACAUGCCCAGAGCCAUGGGGACGUGCCUGCGGGCCCAGCUCUGUCCCGUGGCCCCAGGGGACACAUGACGGACCCGGGAGAGACAGAGGUGCCGGUGCUGGGAGCGAGGUUCCAAGCACUUGGGGGCUUUAAUCGGAAAGAGCACUGCGCAGGGAAAGGCCAUGCUGAAAAACUUCACAA